AUGAGCAGGACGGUGACCCUGAAAUCCUCCAAAUCCUCCUCCUCCUCCUCCUCCUCCUCCUCCUCCUCACGAAAAUGUAGGUACAGCUUCCUUCGAGGAACAGUAACUGGCAUGGUUUUCCGGCCGUAUUAAAUAUUUUGAAAACCUUAGCGGGAUGUGACGAGGUUAUUUACCUUUACGGGUGAAAGGAAUGUGAGCACGGCCCGUGCUCAAUUGCCGUGAGGCAAAUAUUCGAUCAAACAGGCUCCCUGGAAAAAGUUAGAAAUGUACUUAAUAAUUGCUUAUUGGAAUGCCCGUGUGCCCGCUGCUAUGGGCAAUGAUUCUCAGACGAAGUGCCCAGUAUGACUGCCAUUCGAACAAAAUUUUGCGUAAAUAAAGCGAAAAUCAGAUUAUGUUGCGAGAAUGUGAGUAAAUGUUUAGCGAGGAGAGGUUUCAUUUUGGUCCCGGUUGCAACCUGUCUAAACUAUUCCGUCGGAAUUUGAGCUGGUGGUAUGUGGCGGUCAAAGACGCUGAGGGUGGCAUACAUGAUGUAGCGUGCAGUGCUGAAAAUAACUCCUGAUUUAAAACGAGCUGGACAAGGUAGUUAUACGCGUGUAGUGACAUUUAAGUCUGUCUUGUUUUAAUCAGUUACAAAACGCUUUGACACAACUUUGAAUAAGACAAAGAACACGCACGUGCACGUUUACCUGCUGACGACUUUGUUCUUAUUUACUAAUUUGUAACUGUUGGGAUACUGCUAUUUUCGUUUCCUGGAUAGCCUACUCGCUGUGCCCAACUAGUGGGUUUGUCUCUUAUACUGGCGACCCUAUAUCGUUCAUAGCUCCUUCUGUUUAAUCUCUGUGCCUAACUAUUUCCAUUCGGAUUAAUCCUCACUCGAAUUUUUAUCGAUCAGAUUAGUCAUCUAGCCCUUAUUUGCUAUUCACACUGUCUCACCCUUUCAUCCAAUACGAGCGCUACCCUUCAAUCUCUCUGUCAACGCGCCAGUCCUCUACCCCAUUUAUCUGACCUCUGACCGACCCCGGCUAAUUAUGUCCAGCGAUUCAACCAGCCAGCCGAUAGCCGGCAUUCACAGUUUUGACCUGCCAUCCGUGUGGCUCGGUGACAUCGCGUUAUGGCUGCGCACUGUAGAGUCACGAUUCGCCCUCCGUCAGAUCACACGAGAGGAUACGAAAUUUCACUAUGUUGUGGCAGCACUCCCAAUGGACAUCGCCACCGACCUUCGCUACAUCAUAGAUUGUCCGCCCACAGAAGCCCCUUAUACUGCCCUAAAGGAGGCUCUCAUUUCCCGCAUUUCUCUCUCAACGCAAAAACGUCUCCAACGUUUAAUUUCUGAGGAGGACAUCGGUGACAGGAAGCUUACGCAGCUUCUUAGGCGUUUGGAGCAGUUGGCAGACGGACAAAAGCUGGAUGCCACCAUGUUCAAGCAACUUUUCCUCCAACGGUUGCCUCCUUCUGUGCAAGCCAUCCUUGUGCCUAACAUUCCUUCUUCGACUGUUCAGAUGCUCGCGGAGACUGCUGACCGUAUACUCGAGUACUACCAGCCUCCUGUUACGGUUAACGUCGCUAGUCGAAGCACAACUGCCCACACAAUCGAGGAUGUCGUCAAACGCCUGGAUGCCCUCACUCUCGAAGUUUCCCAGCUCCGGGCCACUCGUGUCUACAACCCUCGUAGUCCUGCAAUUUCUCGCCGCCCGAGAUCUCCCACUCCAAACAAACCUACAGUUGAUGGUUUCUGUUGGUAUCAUCACAAUUAUGGUUCUAACGCCCAUCGCUGCCACUCUCCGUCCAAGCAUAAAACACCCGCGUCGGAAAACUCCCCUGCCGACCAGUAA